AUUCUAUUGUAAUUUUUUAGGCAUCAGGAAGGCCAUUCGCAAUCUGACGGAAUUAUUAUGAGAUCACACCGUGUUUAGACACGCAGUCGGACACAUCCACCAUUUUGUGCAGACGGCCGGAAGGCAUUCGCCGCCAUUUUGGUUCAAGCAUCAAGGCACUACUCGACCACUCUUAUCAACCGUCGAAGAUAUUUGGCGUUUCAUGACACGAUCAUAUUUGGUCUUACUUUAGUUACGUGUUGACGUGUUCAAACUCCGGAUGUAGGUCUUUCUGUGUAAUAACAGACACCACGCAUCCUGAUAGCACACGGCAUGCUACAUUUUUUGUAUAUCAAGCAUAUGUAUAUUUUAUGUUAUUGUGUAGCAAAUUAAUGGCUCUUGUCAAAGACCUUAACAACAUAAGCAUUACAUUUGAAAAAUAAAAGUUUUCUCCAAUUCCGUUUAAACCGGAAGUUAUACCGGUAGUUACAAUAUGCGAUCGGAUAGAUCGUAAUGUCACAUGUAAAAUUAUAACAAAUUUUUCGUAUUUCGCCAAAUAAAAGACCUUCAAUGGGAAAAUUUUACUAUAAUUUGUUCUCCCCAUGAAAAUCGAUACUAAAAUACCUGUAGCGAAUUUAUGAUCUAAAUAGGAUGCAGAUCCGGAGACGGCCAUUUUGAUCGAAAUUUUUGAAAAAGUCACAUAUUUCAAAAAAUCCUAGCUUCAAAUAGGAAUUCGAAAAACUUGGUCCAUAUCCGAGCCUUUCUUGCAAACUUAUACAGAAAAAAAUGGAAAUUUCUGAAGAUUUAUGACAUUUAAAGUAAAAUGAAAAUGCCCAACUAGUUUUUAUAAGAAAUCAAAACCCGAAAAUCUGUAUUUUACCUUUCGUACUUCAGGUUACGUCAUGUGGAGCGGUAAGCACGAUCCCAAGGAGGAUGCUAGAGCGCUUCGUGCAGCCGGUGGGAAUGAGGACGCAAUAAUAAAAAUAAUUACUAAAAGAACCAACGAUUACAUUCAAAAAAUUUGCGAACAGUAUAAAUUAAUGUACCGAAAAGAUCUAAUCUCGGAGCUAAUCUGUACGUUAGGUGAGGAUGUUAAGGAGGUCAUCAUCGCUCUAAUGAUACCACGCUAUGACUACUAUGCCAUUCAACUGAAAAAAAUUUUAACUGAGGAGGAGGUCAAUCUCACUGCAAUAGUUGAGAUUGUGUGCCCUUUGUUUGAUUACGAAAGAGCGGGUGUAGAGGAUGCUUACAGAAGAAUCUACGCAAACGUUUUGGCAUGUCAAUCUGGAGAUGAUAAGGAGGAUACCCUUGGAAUUGAUAUGAAACGUGCAAAUGUUCCUUGGUGGGCAAGGGAGCUAUUCAAAUCAAUUUUUAACGUGAAAAGAUAUGCAUAUUUGCGCGAUGGAUCAAAACCAGCUCGCUAUCGGGCGCAACAGUUAAAUUGCAGUAUAGAAUAUGGCGACGGUAUACGCACUUUGAUUUACAUUCUUUUCCAACAUCACAAACCUGAACGGGAUAGGAUUUUGGGGGCAUACAGAGAAGAAUAUGGAAACCUUGAGGAUGAUAUUCGCGAGAAUUUUUUUGAUAUCCAACAAGAAGUAUUGCUGGCAAUACUGAGAUGUGUAAAAGCCCCAAGCCUUUUUUUGGAAAAUUGUUUGCUGGACAAACCCGAGGACCACACAACAUUAAUUCGAAUUGUUGUAACACGAUCUGAAAGGAACUAUAGAACGUUUUCGGAUUUCAUAAAAUACCGGACCUCGGGAAGCCUCCAGAAAUGGUUACUGGCUAUUGUUCAAUAAGUGGAUACCUCGGUGGAUACGUACCUAUUAAAAAUUUAUAAUAUCUGAAA